UUUAUGUUUGCGCAGUCGUGGAGAGUAUCAUGAGGGGCGAGGUCGUCGGAAUGACACCAAGGAGGUCGAGGUCAUCGACUGCUCUGACGCACGCACUGGUCGUGCCCAGACCAGGAAGGAGGUCUCGUGGUCGUCCGGGUAACAACACAGCACAAUUGCAAACAACUCCGAGAGUUCAGAGUCCGAUAUCUCAACAUUUGGAGAAAGAUAAAAGCACAACUACAAGGUACAACAAUCGUAGAAGGCGAAUAAGCGAAGGCGUUAACAAAACAGAAAAGGAUAACGAGCCUGUUUUAUCGUCGUCAACUAGACAAGAGGAUCGAGAAAACAAGGGGCCCCCCACUGCGACAGGUAGAUUUUCUGCCAAUCGUAUAUCGCGUUCUACGUUGGAAGAAACAAACAGUGGUGGUACCGGUAGCGCGACGAAAUUGCGAAAACGUGCUGUUACGUUACGCAGUUUAUUGGAAAGUGUAACUAAACGAACUGUUAGAAGGAAAUUGAGACCGUGCGUGCAAAAGGGAAAAAAGGAUAACGAAGAAUUAGAUCGUAGGCGUACUAGCGUAGUUAAAACUAACGAAACUAAAGGGGAAGAGGAAGAGGAAGAGGAGGAAGAAGAAGAACAAGAAGAAGAAGAAGAAGAAGAAGAAGAAGAAGAAGAAGAAGAAGAGGAAGAAGAGGAACGUCUUAGUAGUAAUAAAUCUGAAGAAGAAGAAGAAGAAGAAGAAGAAGAAGAAUCUGAACAUACGGAAGAAGAAGAAAAACACGAACAACACAACGAUCCCUUAUCAAAAAGACUGAAAACAAGUCCGAUUGGUCGAAAGUUAAGAUCGGAUCAACGUAAGUCGAAAAACUCGGAAGAAUCUUUGGUGGAUCGUGUAAAUCCGAUUGAACAGCAGAACACAAGAGAAGAAGAGAGACAAAAGAAAGAGGAGGAGCAGAAGGAGGAGGAGGAGGGGCAAGAGGGGGAGCCGGAGAAGGAGGAAGAAGGUGUAAAAAGGCGGUUGGACAAGUCAGAGGAAGACAAGGAAAGUCAGUCGAGAGAACGAGAUCAGGAACCGGAGCCCCCACCUUUGGAUGAUAGACUCGAUCCCGGGGUUAAGGUUACUUCGGAGAAUCCUGAGAUCACGUUAGAUGGACAACAGAACCCAAAUAAGAACAUUACGGAUGAGUCAAUUGUCGUGAAUGGCUCUAUCGUUGAUUCGGAUUUCGAGAGGAGUAAGAAGAAGAAGAAGAAGGAGGAGGAGGUGGCAGCAACAGCAGCAGAUAGCAUUGAAAGUAAAUCGUUAAAGUUGUCGCCGAGAUCGUCCAGGUCGUCGACAACGACGACGACGACGACUGUGGCGAAGGGUUUUGUCGAAGGGGAGGGGGAAGGAGGCGGAGGAGGAGUAGGAGAGGGUGGUGAGGGUGGAGAAGCCGAGGCUGGGGCCGAGCCUGAGGAGGAAUCCAAGAGGAAAAAGGACGGCGAGGAAAGACCGAAAAACGAUUGGAAAAAGGAUAGGAAAGAGGAGAAGGAAGAGGAGGAAGUUAAAGUUGAGGAUCGUGGGGCGCAAGAACGAUCACCUCGAAGAACCGUGCCAAACAACGCCGAGCUAGGCACGGAAGAUAGCGUGGGUAGUGUUAGCGUUGAGUCGGUCGUCGAGCUGCUGGAGUCGAGUAGUCAGGACUCAGGCUCCGUGCUGGAGAGGCUGAGUCCACUUAGCAGCGGUGGCGGCGGCGCUGGGAGGCAGAACAAUUUGCUCCUCGAACAGCAACGGGAGCAAGAACGUAGUCGGCACAACGAGAGCCCUGUCAUUCUAGCCGAAAAAUUAAACAAGCCUCCACCGCCGGUCGCCGGCCAUCAUCAUCAUCAUCACCACCAGUAUCACCAUCAGCAACAACAACAACAACAACAACAACAACAGCAACAACAACAGCAACAACAACACCAACAACAGCAACACCUACAACAGCACCAACCGCAGGGACAGCAACAACAACAAGCGCACCAACAGCAACAACAAUCCUAUCACCAUCAUCCGGCGUAUCAUCAUCAGCAGCAACAGCAACAGCAACAGCAACGAUACUCGGCCGAUAGUCCGGUAAUCCAUCAUCCUCUCUAUCACCAACAACAACAACAACAAUCAAGUGGAAGUCAGCAUAGACAACAAUUAGCGAGUAGUCCGCAACAAGUUCACCAGCAUCAUCAUAAUUUAAGUUCGAGGGGGCGAUGA